UUUAAAAACAAGUGUCAGGAUUGGUUACGUUAAUCAUUUGUUACCACUCAUGUAAGCUGUGGCCUUUUCUAUAACUGCCCUAUGUUAACAGUUUAAUGAAGUUUUCUUCUAACUCCAAAGUGUUAGGUGUUUUCGGUAUGUGGCAUUUGACUUAGAAGUUGGGGGUGUUGGCUGUUGCUUUAGGGUAUGUCACAUGCUGCAUUGUGCUUUAACAGUUAUUUUUAUGUUCUCCAUUCCAUUUUCUCUAUAUUCCUGCUCAGCCUUCUUUGUAUCCUAGCCUGUCCCUCAGAGUGUCUUGCAGUGAGUUUCGCGGAGCUAAUGAUUAAUGUAUACUUACUAUGCGCCUUCAGUUAGCACUUUAUCUGUAUCACUUAAUGUAGUCUUCCCAACAGCGUUUUCAGAGAGUCCAGUUGGACCUCGUUAACUAGAGGAUAGAGGCUUGUGAGACGUUGAUUAUGUUUGUAAGGCCAUGUAAGCUGCUGGAGUUGAGGUUAAGUUCUACUCUUCCUGAUUUGGGCUUCAGAACUCUGCAGUGCAAGCUGUGCUUAGGAAGAGCUCCUUUGAUCUGUCUUUGAAGAAAGUAGUGAGUGGGCGGGACUAAGUGAAAGGAGUACAGUUACAGCAUUUUAGUAAAGGGAAGGAAGCAGGGAUCGUUGUCUAAUUAAGAGAGCCCUUUGUGCCAGCGAGUGCAGCUCAAGCAGAACUGGUUUUGUCCCUGGACCAGUAAUUAGUUCUUUCUGGAACAGUGAGAUUAACAUCUAAAAUAAUUAGACCAUGUAUAUUGUUUAAUUGGAGGUCAAGGGUGAGGUUUGUGUUGGUUGGAAAGAAAUGUGAAAGAAGUAGUAAUUGAGCUUCGCUUCAGAAAGGGGGUGGGAUUAGGGGUUUAGGUAGGCGCUCUGAGUUUGAGUAAGCUUUGUUAUAGCCUUGUCUCUGACAAGCCAUGCAAGAGUGUCUUUAACAGUGAUGGGAAUGAUACCAGUGCUAUAUUUCAGGGUUGUAGGUCCAAAAUAAAUAUUUCCAACACUGUGGACUGUAGAGUGCUGCUUUCCUGAUGGUGGGAUAUCUACUUUUACUAACUUUCCUCAAUCUAAACUUUCAUUAUUAUUCCCCUUUUUAUAUGCAUAAUAUUUUUACCACUUGAGAGCAACUUGCAAACAAGAUGCCCUUCUACCCCUAAAAACUUGUGUGUUUUCUACAACCAAAGGCAUUUAAAAAAAAAAAAUAAUUCCAGUGCCAUUCUCAUAGGGGAAACAACACUGGCAUUCAUAAUGUAAUGCAAAGACCUUAUUAACAUUUUAUGUGUUAUCUCAGCACUGUUUGUCACAGCAAGGCAAAAAGAAAAGUUUUUCUGGUCAGAGAUUCAAUGCAAGGUCACAGGUUGUAUUUGGUUUAGCUGCCUGUACUCUGGACCUGGUUGGCAGUUUUUGUUCUGCAGUUUUCUGGUGUGUAAAGAGUGAAUGCUGUUUUGUAGGUUGUUUCUCUGUUUCUGUUUGCUCCUCAUUAGAUCCAGAGCUGUGUUUGGGGCAGAGGCAGCAUAGGACUGAGGUGCUUUUCUUUGUGUGGGAAGUCACUUUAUCUCACUGCUGCAGAUGUUAAACAAGUGCUUGGGUAAGGGGGCAUAUGUCAGGUUUCAUCAUACUUUGAGGACAUGGAUUUAGUGCAAGAAGAAGAACAGUUGAUGGAAGAAAAGAAAAAGAAAAAAGACGACAAGAAAAAGAAGGAAGCUGCUCAAAAGAAGGCCACUGAACAAAAAAUCAAAGUGCCAGAACAGAUAAAGCCCAGUGUAAGCCAGCCUCAGCCUGCCAACUCUGAUAACGGCACUUCCACAGCAACCAGCACUAAUAAUAAUGCCAAGCGAGCUACAGCCAGCAAUCAGCAGCCGCCGCCGCCGCCGCAGCAGCAGCAGCAGCAGGAGCAGCAGCAGCCACAGCCACAGCCACAGGCCUUGCCUCGGUAUCCUCGUGAAGUACCUCCAAGAUUUCGCCACCAGGAACACAAACAGCUUCUAAAGAGGGGUCAGCAUUUUCCUAUCAUAGCAGCAAACCUGGGAUCUGCUGUUAAGGUGUUAAACAGCCAAUCAGAAAACAGUGCUGUAACAAAUCAACCACCGCAAAAUAACGGAGAGGUGCAGAACAGCAAAAGCCAGUCAGAUAUAAAUCAUAAUACUUCAGGAUCCCAUUAUGAAAAUUGCCAGCGGGGACCUGUGUCUUCUACAAGUGACUGUAGCACAAGCUGUAAGAAUGCUGUAAACGACUUGUUGGAAAAAGAAGCAUGGCCCUCAGCCCCUGGCAGUGAUCCUGAAUUGGCUUCAGAAUGUAUGGAUGCUGAUUCUGCCUCCAGUUCUGAGUCAGAGAGAAACAUCACUGUCAUGGCUUCAGGGAACACUGGUGGUGAAAAAGAUGGCCUUCGGAACAGCACUGGACUCGGUUCUCAAAACACGUUUGUGGUUGGUAGCAGCAGCAAUAAUGUGGGCCACGGAAGUAGUACCGGGCCAUGGGGCUUCCCCCAUGGAGCCAUAAUAAGCACAUGUCAGGUCUCUGUGGAUGCUCCUGAAAGCAAAUCAGAAAGUAGUAACAAUAGGAUGAAUGCUUGGGGCACUGUAAGUUCUUCAUCAAAUGGAGGGUUAAAUCCAAGCACUUUGAAUUCAGCUAGCAACCAUGGUGCCUGGCCAGUAUUAGAAAACAAUGGACUUGCCCUAAAAGGGCCUGUAGGGAGUGGGAGUUCUGGCAUCAAUAUUCAGUGUAGUACCAUAGGCCAGAUGCCUAACAAUCAGAGUAUCAACUCUAAAGUCAGUGGCUCUUCUACCCAUGGUACCUGGGGUAGCCUUCAGGAAACCUGUGAGCCUGAAGUAAGUGGUACACAGAAGGUUUCAUUCAGUGGUCAACCUCAGAAUAUCACCACUGAACCGACUGGACCAAAUAACACUACUAACUUUAUGACCUCUAGUUUACCAAACUCCGGUUCAGUACAGAAUAAUGAACUGCCUACAAGUAAUCCAGGGGCCUGGCGUGUGAGCACAAUGAAUCAUCCUCAGAUACAGGCUCCGUCAGUUAUGAAUGGCACUUCCCUUUCUCACCUUAGUAAUGGAGAGUCAAAAACCGGAGGCUCCUACGGUACUACAUGGGGUGCCUAUGGUUCUAAUUACUCUGGCGACAAAUGUGCAGGCCCUAAUGGCCAAGCCAAUGGUGACACUGUGAAUGCAACUCUAAUGCAGCCUGGCAUAAAUGGGCCUAUGGGCACUAACUUUCAAGUUAACACAAAUAAAGGGGGAGGUGUAUGGGAGCCUGGGACAGUGAAUUCCCAAAGUUCACCAUGGGGAAGUGGAAAUGGUGUGAAUUCUGGAGGAAGUCGAAGAGGAUGGGGAAGUCCUGCACAAAGCACUGGUACUAGCCUACCCAGUGUUGAGUGGAACAAACUGCCUAGCAAUCAGCAUUCCAAUGACAGUGCAAAUGGCAAUGGUAAGAAGUUUACAAAUGGAUGGAAAUCUACUGAGGAAGAGGAUCAGGGUUCUGCCGCAUCUCAGACAAAUGAGCAAAACAGCGUGUGGGCCAAAACAGGAGGCACAGUGGAGAGUGAUACAGAGAGCACUGGACGCCUUGAAGAAAAAGGAACUGGGGAAAGUCAGAGUAGAGAUAGAAGAAAAACUGAUCAGCACACAUUACUCCAAAGCAUUGUAAACAGAACUGACUUAGAUCCACGUGUCCUGUCCAACUCUGGUUGGGGACAGACUCCUAUUAAGCAGAAUACUGCCUGGGAUACAGAGACAUCACCAAGAGGGGAAAGAAAGACUGACAAUGGGACAGAGGCCUGGGGAAGCUCUGCAACACAGACUUUUAACUCAGGGGCAUGUAUAGAUAAGACUAGCCCUAAUAGCAAUGAUACCUCAUCUAUAUCAGGGUGGGGUGAUCCCAAACCUACCCUGAGGUGGGGAGAUUCCAAAGGCUCAAACUGCCAGGGGGGGUGGGAAGAUGAUUCUGCUGCUACAGGAAUGAUCAAGAGCAAUCAGUGGGGAAAUUGUAAAGAAGAGAAGUCUGCAUGGAAUGAUUCGCAAAAGACUAAACAGGGGUGGGGGGAAGGACAAAAAUCAAACCAAGGUUGGUCCGUUUCUGCCAGUGAUAACUGGGGAGAAACUUCCAGGAGUAACCACUGGGGUGAGGCUAAUAAGAAAUCCAGCUCAGGAGGUAGUGACAGUGACAGGUCCAUUUCUGGUUGGAAUGAACUUGGUAAAACUAGUUCUUUUACUUGGGGAAAUAAUAUAAAUCCAAAUAAUUCAUCAGGAUGGGAUGAAUCUUCUAAACCUAAUUCUUCCCAGGGAUGGGGAGACCCUCCAAAGUGUAAUCAGUCUCUAGGUUGGGGAGAUUCAUCAAAACCAGUUAGUUCUCCAGAUUGGAACAAGCAACAAGACAUUGUUGGAUCGUGGGGAAUCCCGGGAGCCACCAGCAAGCCUCCUGGUACAGGGUGGCUUGGGGGACCUAUUCCAGCUCCAACAAAGGAGGAAGAACCCACAGGCUGGGAGGAGCCAUCCCCAGAAUCUAUUCGACGAAAAAUGGAGAUCGACGAUGGAACUUCAGCUUGGGGAGAUCCGAGCAAAUACAACUACAAAAAUGUGAACAUGUGGAAUAAAAACAUCCCAGAUGGCAGUAGCCGCUCAGACCAGCAAGCACAGGUGCACCGUCUGCUGCCAUCUGCAAGUGUCUCAAGCAAGGAGGCAAGCAGUGGCUCUGGCUGGGGUGAGCCGUGGGGGGAGCCUUCUACUCCAGCCACAACGGUGGAUAAUGGUACUUCAGCCUGGGGUAAGCCUGUAGACAGCGGUCCCAGCUGGGGAGAACCCAUUACCGCGGCAUCCAACACGUCCACAUGGGGCUCCAGCUCUGUUGGUCCACAAUCAUUAAGCAAAUCUGGGCCCAAAUCUAUGCAAGAUGGCUGGUGUGGUGAUGACAUGCCAUUACCUGGAAGUCGCCCCACUGGCUGGGAAGAGGAAGAGGAUGUAGAGAUUGGAAUGUGGAACAGUAACUCAUCUCAAGAGCUUAACUCAUCUUUAAAUUGGCCACCAUAUACUAAGAAGAUGUCCUCAAAGGGUCUGAGUGGCAAAAAAAGGAGAAGGGAAAGGGGAAUGAUGAAAGGUGGAAACAAACAAGAAGACGCGUGGAUAAAUCCAUUUGUUAAACAGUUUUCAAAUAUCAGUUUUUCGAGAGACUCACCAGAAGAAAAUGUACAGAGCAAUAAGAUGGAUCUUUCUGGAGGAAUGUUACAAGAUAAGCGAAUGGAGAUAGAUAAACAUAGCCUAAAUAUUGGUGAUUACAAUCGAACGGUCGGGAAAGGCCCUGGUUCUCGGCCUCAGAUUUCCAAAGAGUCUUCCAUGGAGCGCAAUCCUUAUUUUGAUAAGGAUGGCAUUGUAGCAGAUGAAUCCCAAAACAUGCAGUUUAUGUCCAGUCAAAGCAUGAAGCUUCCCCCUUCAAAUAGUGCACUACCUAACCAGGCCCUUGGCUCCAUAGCAGGGCUGGGUACGCAAAACUUGAAUUCUGUUAGACAGAAUGGCAAUCCCAGUAUGUUUGGUGUUGGAAACACAGCAGCACAACCCCGGGGCAUGCAGCAGCCUCCAGCACAACCUCUCAGUUCAUCUCAGCCUAAUCUUCGUGCUCAAGUGCCUCCUCCAUUACUUUCCCCUCAGGUUCCAGUUUCAUUGCUGAAGUAUGCACCAAACAACGGUGGCCUGAACCCGCUCUUUGGCCCUCAGCAGGUAGCCAUGCUGAACCAGCUAUCCCAACUAAACCAGCUUUCUCAGAUCUCCCAGUUACAGCGAUUAUUAGCGCAGCAGCAGAGGGCGCAGAGUCAGAGAAGUGUGCCUUCUGCUAACCGACAGCAGCAAGACCAGCAGGGUCGACCUCUUAGUGUGCAGCAGCAGAUGAUGCAACAGUCUCGUCAACUUGAUCCAAGCCUGCUGGUGAAGCAGCAGACUCCGCCUUCUCAGCAGCCACUCCAUCAGCCAGCCAUGAAGUCCUUCCUUGACAAUGUCAUGCCCCACACUACACCUGAGCUGCAGAAAGGGCCAUCGCCAGUCAAUGCUUUCAGCAACUUUCCUAUAGGCUUGAACUCAAACUUGAAUGUAAAUAUGGACAUGAACAGUAUUAAAGAGCCACAGUCAAGACUACGGAAAUGGACUGCAGUGGACAGCAUUGCUGUGAACACAUCUUUGGAUCAAAACUCCAGCAAACAUGGUGCUAUUUCAAGUGGUUUUAGGCUGGAAGAGUCUCCAUUUGUCCCCUAUGACUUUAUGAAUAGCAGUACUUCACCAGCCAGUCCUCCAGGUUCAAUAGGAGAUGGCUGGCCCCGUGCCAAAUCGCCUAAUGGCUCUAGCAGUGUUAACUGGCCACCAGAAUUUCGCCCUGGUGAACCAUGGAAAGGUUAUCCAAACAUUGACCCUGAAACUGACCCUUACGUCACUCCUGGCAGUGUCAUAAACAGUCUUUCAGUUAAUACUGUGCGGGAAGUUGACCACCUCAGGGACAGGAACAGUGGGUCAUCCUCAUCCUUGAACACCACGCUGCCUUCAACUAGUGCCUGGUCAUCCAUUCGUGCCUCCAACUACAAUGUUCCCCUCAGCAGUACAGCACAAAGCACUUCAGCCAGAAAUAGUGAUUCCAAAUUGACGUGGUCUCCCGGUUCAGUUACAAACACCUCUCUGGCUCAUGAGCUGUGGAAAGUCCCUUUGCCACCUAAAAACAUCACUGCUCCGUCCCGCCCACCUCCAGGGCUGACUGGUCAGAAGCCACCCUUGUCUACGUGGGAUAAUUCUCCCCUUCGUGUAGGUGGAGGAUGGGGAAAUUCUGAUGCCAGAUAUACCCCAGGGUCCAGCUGGGGUGAGAGCAGCUCAGGGAGAAUAACGAAUUGGCUUGUUUUGAAAAACCUCACACCUCAGAUUGAUGGCUCAACUCUGCGCACCUUGUGCAUGCAGCACGGCCCUCUGAUCACAUUCCAUCUGAACCUCCCGCAUGGAAAUGCUCUGGUCCGUUACAGUUCAAAAGAAGAGGUAGUGAAGGCACAAAAGUCUCUGCACAUGUGUGUGCUGGGGAACACUACUAUUCUCGCUGAGUUUGCCAGUGAAGAGGAGAUCAGUCGCUUCUUUGCACAAAGUCAGUCUCUGACUCCUUCUCCGGGCUGGCAGUCUCUCGGGUCCAGCCAGAGCAGGCUGGGCUCCCUCGACUGUUCCCACUCCUUCUCCAGCCGGACCGAUCUCAAUCACUGGAAUGGUGCUGGGCUGUCGGGAACUAACUGUGGAGACCUUCACGGCACUUCCCUCUGGGGGACCCCACAUUAUUCCACAAGCCUGUGGGGUCCCCCAAGCAGCAGCGACCCCCGGGGAAUUAGCAGCCCAUCCCCCAUUAAUGCUUUUCUUUCUGUUGACCACCUGGGUGGGGGUGGGGAGUCCAUGUAGUUGCAUAGAUGUAGACGCAAACUGUGACCUCAAGACCAGAAGGAAAGGAGCACUAAGUCGGGCUCGCCGCCUGCAGCCAGGGCCACCUGUGGGAACAGCUAUUUCUGCACAUUUUCCACUUUGUUUUCCCCAAAACAUAUCAGUUUGAAUACUUGAAUCAUGCAGGCCACUAUUAUAAUGUGAAGGGUAUCUAUCUAUUUACACUCCCAAAUAGCGCCAUACAGCUAACGUGCGGAACGAGCUCACUUGUGUACUCAUCAUGUCUAGCCUUCGGGUUCCUUCUUCCCUUCACUUCCACCCCAUCCCCACCACCUUUUAGUUUUAUUUUU